AUGGAUAACAACAAGCUGGUGCAGAAGACCAAACUGGCCAAGCAGGUUGAGCGAUAUGAUGACACGGCAGCCUGCAUGAAGUCUGUAACUGAGCAAGGUGCUGAAUUAUCUAGUGAGGAGAGGAAUCUUCUCUCCAUUGCUUAUAAAAAUGUUGUAGGAGCCCAUAGGUCAUCUUGGAGGGUUGUCUCAAGUAUCAAGCAAAAGAUGGAAGGUGCUCAGAAAAAGCAGCAGAUGGCUCGAGAAUACAGAGAGAAAAUUGAGACUGAGCUAAGGGAUAUCUGCAAUGAUGUACUGUCUCUUUUGGAAAAGUUCUUAAUCCCCAAUGCUUCACAAGCAGAGAGCAAAGUCUUUUAUUUGAAAAUGAAAGACGACUACCGUUACUUGGCUGAGGCUGCUGCUGGUGAUGACAAGAAAGGGACUGUGGACCAAUCACAACAAGCAUACCAAGAAGCUUUUGAAAUCAGCAAAAAGGAAAUGCAACCAACGCAUCCUAUCAGAUUGGGUCUGGCCCUUAACUUCUCCAUCUUCUAUUACGAGAUUCUGAACUCUCCAGAAAAGGCCUGUUCUCUGGCAAAGACAGCUUUUGAUGAAGCCACUGCUGAACUUGACACAUUAAGUGAAGAGUUAUACAAGGACACCACGCUAAUAAUGCAAUUACUGAGAGACAACUUGACACUGUGGACAUCGGAUAUCCAAGGAGAUGAAGCUGAAGAAGGAGGAGGGGAAAAUUAACUGGCCUUCCAACUUUUGUCUGCCUCAUUCUAAAAUUUACACAGUAGACCAUCUGUCAUCUAUACUGUCCCACAAAUAGUUUUUUGUUUACGGUCUAUGACAGGUUUAUGCUACUUCUAUUUGAAUUUCUAUAUUUCCCAUGUGGUUUUUAUGUUUAAUAUUACGGGAGUAGAGCCAGUUGAUAUUUAGGGAGUUAUCUGUUUUCAUCUUGAGAUGGCCAAUAUGGGGAAGUGGAAUUUUUAUACAAGUUACAAAUGUUUGCCAUAGUACUUUUGGUACACUGAGGCUUCACAAGGGCCAGUGUUAAAACUGCUUCCAUGUCUAAGCAAAGAAAACUGCCUACAUAUUGGUCUGUCCUGGUGGGGAAUAAAACGGAUCAUUGGUUCCAGACACAGGUGUAGUUAUUGUGGGUACUUUAAGGUUUGGAGCACCUCUGAGGCUGUGGUAGAAACAGAUAGCCCAUGGGUCUUCCGUGUAUGGAGGCUUGUGUUUCUGGGGAGUGAGCAGUCUGAGCGCGCACACCUGUGACUGCAGCUGCGGGG